CACAGCACCUGGCAGAAAUAUGGUUUUUCAUUCCAGUUUUUGAUAUUUGCAGAACUGUUCCGUAAUCAGAGAUUCCUGUUCACAUCGGAAUCAGUUAGCGAAGGCCAUCCGGACAAAAUGUGCGAUAUGGUUUCGGAUGCUGUUCUGGACGCUCAUCUGGCGCAGGACCCGUACGCCAAAGUUGCCUGCGAAACGGUAACCAAAACGGAUAUGUUGAUGCUGUGUGGGGAAAUUACAUCCAGAGCCAAAGUUGAUUAUGAUCGGAUCGUUAGAGAUACUGUGCGAGAAAUAGGAUUCGACGAUUCUACCAAGGGCUUCAAUUACAAAACUUGCAACGUGCAAGUGCUACUUGAUCAGCAGGCGCCCGAAAUAGCAGCCGGCGUGCACUUGAACCGUCGAGAAGAAGAGAUUGGUGCCGGUGACCAGGGUUUGAUGUUUGGCUAUGCAACUGAUGAAACGGAGGAGCGCAUGCCGUUAUCCCUGCUGUUAGCACAUAAACUGUUGGCGCGUCUUCAUGAACUCAGAAGAAGCGGCGUGCUCGGCUGGGCACUGCCUGAUUCCAAGUCGCAGGUGACCGUGGAAUGUAAAUUUGAUUAUGGGGCAUGCAUUCCAGUACGUGUGCAUUCAAUCGUGAUAUCAGCACAGCAUAAAGCGAAUACGGCACUUGACAAAGUUCGGGCCGAUCUGCGCGAACACGUCAUCAAAGUGGUGGUACCAGAAUAUUUGUUGGAUGAUCAGACGAAGUAUUACCUCAAUCCUUGUGGCAAGUUCACUGUUGGUGGACCACAAAGCGAUGCUGGCCUCACAGGUCGUAAAAUAAUCGUGGACACUUAUGGUGGCUGGGGAGCCCACGGCGGCGGUGCAUUUUCUGGGAAAGAUCCAUCCAAGGUUAGUUAG